AUGUGUUUAAUUGAGAUGAGUCAUUCCUUCUUUUUCUUGCUUGUCAAGGACGAGAAAUCUUCGUACCACAUCAGGAUUUUCCAAAAACCAAACAUGUCCGCUUUGCAAUCAUCGUUUUUUGAUAAAAUUGCCGCUCAAGGUAUUCCUCUCGCACUAUGGUCAUCAAUUAUGAGUGUUGGUGGUGGUUUAGGUGAAGUUUUUGUCAACCAAGAUGCUCGUAUGCAUAUUGCUGCGGAGCAUGCACUACCGGAAUUGCUUGAAGCACAUAAACGUUCGAAAGUCUUAUCGAAUCUAUUAUUACUCGUCAGUGGAACUUCCGGAUUAUUGGCUUACCAACAAACAAAAGACAAAUAUUGGCUUAUUGGCUCAAGCUUAAUGUUCGCCGGUGUCCCAUACGGUGUUUUGGUUGAAAACCCAGUUGCUGAUCAAUUGAAAUUCUUAACACUUGAUGCCCGAUCAGAAAAGGCAAAGAAAUUGAUGAGUUCGUGGGGUGGCAUUCAACUUGGAAAAUUAGCAUUGGCUGCCGGUGGAGCGACUGUUUUCUAUUGGUUUGCUCGUCGUUAA